AUGUUACAAGACUACCAUCGACAAACAACAAUCAAACCAUUUGCACCAAUAUUCAAAGAUCGAAGUAAAAAACGAUGGGAUAGUGAUCUUUCGAUUCGAACAAACAUAUCACUUUUAUCUAUUUCAAAUUCAUCAAAAAGUACUCAUGAUGAAAAUGAAAUCGAUGAUGAUCAACAUUCACGUGAUAGUCAUUCAUCAAGUUCUAAAGAAAGUACUUCAGCUCUUCUUAAUGAAUCAGAAGAAUAUAAAUUUAAACAUGUUAACCUUGAUUUAUAUAUUUUUAAUAAACAUUUACAUGGAAUACCGUGCACUAUUAGUCAUUUAGCAGAAGCUGAUAUUGAUGAAUCUAUUGAUGAGUUAUUUGAUGAAGGUAAAUCAACAUAUCGACAACAGAAUGAUGAAUAUAAUCCACGUUCAAUUCGUCCACCAUCAUUUUCUCAGUAUAUUAAACAAAUUCAAGAAUCAAGAACAAAAACAAAACCAAUGCAACAUCGAUCAGCUCGUAUUCCUGUUCGAACGACAAAAGCUGAGCAAUUAAAACUUGCUCGACAACAAUCAGCUAAUGAAAAAAUGCCUAAUCUUCCUUAUAUACGUCCUUUUACAACUAAAUCAUAUGGUGCAUUAUCUUUUAAGUCACAAAUACGACCCUCAACAAUACCUUCAAUAAAUCGUACUUCACGUACACGAACUAAUAGUAAUAGUAGUUUUAGACAAUCGGAAUCUGCUCGAUCAUGUAAACAAGCACUUGGUUCAAAUGAUCCUUUACAUCUUUCGGCAAUGCUUGCUAAACAAAUGCGACAAGAUAUUCAGAUUCCAGCCUAUUCUAAACCAUUAAGUAGUGCACUACUUCGUGAACAACCUCAUCCACCGCUGAAUCAACAAUACAAAAUGAAACGUAUUAGUGAUUGGCUUAAAAAAGUAGUUCCAACAGAAUAUAUUGAAUAUAAUGAAAAUGCAUCUUAUGAAAGUACACGUGGCACCAAUUUCAAUGAUAAAGUUGAUGGUGAAUAUGAUUUACUUUCCGAUGAAAAACAAUUAAAUAAUAUUGAAAGAACAAAUGAUGAAGCUCAUCGUUUAUUACCAUUAUUUAAUUCUGAAAUUCAGCGGCAAAUGCAACAACGUAAUUUAUUAUUAACCCGUAUUGAAUUAGACUUAUACGUUAUUUGA